AUCACAGCAUAUGGUACUGAUGAUGGACCAUUGCCAAACAACAAAAACCCAGCCUGCCUGCUUCUCCGAUCGAUCCAACUUGGCAUGCGCUACUGAUCGACAUUAUCCUCGUCGACUACUAGUCGUCGCAGCAGCAGCAGCAGUAGUCGUCGUCUACCAGUAGUACCAUCCAUCCAUCAGCUAGCAGCUACGCACCAAGCAAUGGAGCAAAUGGCCAAGUACUACUGGGCUACGCUGGGUGCAAGGACCGCCGCUGCUGCGGCUACUAGCAGCAGCCUCAGGUCCUGGCCGCCGCCGGCGCAUCAUGCCGGCGAGCCGUCAUGGGAGGAGCUGGCGUUCGCCCAGGACGCGGCGGGGCACCUCGGCGGCUGCGUGUGGCCGCCGCGAUCCUACACCUGCACCUUCUGCCGCCGGGAGUUCAGGUCCGCGCAGGCGCUUGGCGGCCACAUGAACGUGCACCGCCGCGACCGGGCUCGCCUCCGGCAGUGCGCCUCGCCGGACCAUGAAGUCAUCAUCCAGGACGCACAGAAUAAGCAGCAACAGUAUCCGUCGAUCGCCGCCGCCCCUCCUGCGGAUCACCACCAGCUUCUGCAACCGCAGCCCAAGGCAGUAUUAAUCUCUGCCCCUAAAUCUACUACUUGCUGUGAUCAUCAAGCUGCUUGCAAUAAGGCGGAGGGGGCUGUGAUUAGUACUACUACUACUACUUCUCCAUCAUACAUAUCAACCAUCAUCAAGGAGAGCAAGAACAAGGUAGUCAUCUCCAUACCAGCUGCAGCGACAGCGGGCAGCAAACAAGCUCUAGAUCAAAUCGAUGAGGAGGAGGAGGAGGAGGAGGAGGAGAUUGUAGCGGACAGGAGGAAGCGAAGGCGGGUGGUCCAUCAGCAGCCAGAGGCGUUCUUCUUCCUGCGGCCUCUGGCAUCAUCCAAAGGAGUUGAACAGCAUGAUGCAAAGGUACAAAAAGUAAUCAGAAGCCCUAGCCCCAAUUCAUCACUUCAUCAGCUUGCAGGCCGGCAAGAAGUGGAUCUGGAGCUCAGGCUUGGAAGUAGCAGUCCUAAAUUAAAGUAGCGUGAAUGGAUGGAUAAUUUCUUCCCUGCUGCUGUGUUUCAUCUAUAUAUCUACUUCUCACCAUGCGAGUUUGUGCGUGCACAACUGAAUCAUAUGUAUACUUGAUCCUUCGUUAUCGAUGAGGACUGUUUUUUCCA